AAGCAAGAAAUGGCAGACUUCGUCGUCGCUUUGAUUUAGUGUCACAUUUACUAUUACUUCUGUGAAAUAUACACCUUUUCUGUGGAUGCUCGAGGGUGAAACCAUGUCCUAAUUGACAUUCAUGUAAUAAAUUGCUGCAGUCUGAGAAAGGUAUUCUAAAUGCCAGACACAAUGUGGCACGAGGCAAGAAAGCAAGAGAGGAAAAUACGGGGUAUGCUGGUGGAUUACAAGCGGCGAGCAGAAAGGAGACGAGAAUACUAUGAAAAAAUCAAGCAAGAUCCAACACAGUUUAUUCAAUUACAUGGCCGUCCCGUCAAGAUUCAUUUGGACCCAGCUGUUGCCUAUGCAGCUGAAGCUCCAGGAAGCAUGAUGCCCUGGCGAGGUGAUGCAGAUUCCAUGAUAGACCGUUUUGAUGUUAGGGCUCAUUUGGAUGACCUGCCACCAACUUCAGUCACCUCACCUAAACUUACUCCAGAAGAGGAUUGGGAGGAGCGUCAGGCAAAUUAUGAGCGCUAUAGGAUUCUCAUUCAAAAUGAUUUUCUUGGGAUUAAAGAGGAGAAGUUCCUGCAUCAGAUUAGACUGGAAGAGCAGUUUGGUCCAAUAGUUAACAAGGCAAUUGAAGAGGAGAAAAAAGCCUUGGCACCUAAGAAGGCUGCUAUUGCAUUCUCGUAUACAGAAGAACUUGAGGAAGAGAAUGAAGAAAGGCCUGGUUCUGCCAAUGCUGAUCCUUUGGUAGAUGGAGCAGAGGAAGUGGUUGCUGAAGGAUCAGAUGAUGAUAGUGAUAGUGAUAUUGAUUUAGAUUUAACAGUGGAUGUGAUGUCGCUCUCCAACACUCAGCAACAGGAGAUGAAUCUUUCGGGAGUGGAGUAUGGCCUCAACCAAGAGGAUUUCAUGUCUCUCAUAAGUCGUGAUCUUCAGGAAGCUGAAGAAUUGAGGGUAGCAAAGGAACACGAAGAUGAAAAGGCUAUGUAUUCAGGUCGCAAAUCACGGAAAGAAAGGCGUGCACUGAAAAAGAAACACAUGGAUCGUAAAUUUAGCCCACCAAGUUAUGCUGCUAGGGCAAGCCCUACUUAUGCACCCUAUCGGAGGUCGUCAUCUCGUUCCAAAUCCCGUUCCCCAACACCACCAGCUGCUGGGACUAUAAAGUUCAUCACUAGCUUUGGUGGAGAAUCUGAUGGGGCAGGAACAGAUGAUGAUGGUGUUACAGGUGUUAUUAUCUUACCCAAGGAACAGCGUUCAGCUCGUGAUCGGCGUAAGAAUCGCUGGGAUCAAAAGUCAAGAGAGAGCAUGAGUCAGCGUUCUGGCAGCUCUGGACCAAGUGGCAGUCAUGGAACAUCCUCAGGCCAUUCAUCUUCCUCUUCAAAGAAACGUCGCCACGUGUCUCGAAGCCGAUCAAGGUCACGUAGUGGUUCCAGCAAUUUGUGUCGUCGGCGACAGAGGUCCCGUUAUUCUCGCUCACGUUCUCGUCACUCCAGAUCCAGGUCUCGCACCCGUCGUUCGCGCCGAACUAGGUCGUGUAGUAGAUCUCGUUCACGAUCAAGAUCUCGAGAAAGACAUGGUGUCAGCUGGAGGAGGCACACAGGAGGAUCUCAUAGAAGGUCGUAUAGUCGUUCUAGAUCUAAUUCAAGGUCAAAAAGUGUAAAUAAGAAGAGUCCCUCUCCUAAAGGCAAUAACAGUACCACUGUUGCACCAGCAUCUCGUAUUGGUCUGCGGGUGUCUCCAGACCCCCCUGUGAAAUUGCCUUCACCGCCAUGCCGUCGUUAUUAUGGACGACGGGGUGCAGAGAGCCAUUCAGAAACUGCCUCUGAAUCAGAGACAGAAGACUCUAAAGCUUCAAGUACAAAUGCAGCACAACAGCAAAAUAGUGGUGGUGUCAAAUCUAACAAUAUGGUGGCCUCAUCAACUGUGGGUAAUGGGUCCUCUGCCGCCAAAGCUGCAGUCAAAUUGACGCCCCAAGAAAGGUUAAAAAAGAAGAUGCAAGCUCUUCUCAGAAAGCAGUUCAAGGCGGAUAAGCGUCUUGAAAGAGAAAGGGCAGAAAAAGCUGAACAGGAACGUCAAGAUAGAGAAGAGGAAUUGAGGGAAAUGGCCAUCAGAUUACGAAGAAGAGAGCGAGAGAAACGCCACAGGCUUCAAGGUGAAGACUCUAGUAGUAUGGGUUCUCGGUCUCGCUCUGGUUCACGUUCUCGAUCUAAUUCCCGGUCAAGGUCACGCUCACCUUCUCGACAAAGGUCAAGAUCCAGACAGAGGUCAAGGUCACAGCAAAAAACUAGGUCACGUCAUGAGUCGAGGUCAAGAUCAAAAUCACCUCUUUCUCAAAAACAAACUAGCUCUGGUAGAUGGGGAGCUGAUGGAGUUCGUAACAGAGAACGUAACAUUGCAGAGUACAGUCGUGAGCAUUCUGGUCGUCAGUGGGAUUCUUCUCAUAAGGACUCCCAAUCUUCUCUAAGGUAUCGAGAAGUUGUUAAAAGAAGAUCAAGAUCCCACAGUCCUGCAAGUCGCUGGGACAGAGAUAGAGACCAUUAUAGUAGUCGACGCAGUCGCAGUAGAAGUCGUGGUAGAGAUUAUGUUUCUAGUGGAAGAGUCAACAGUAGCAGUAGCAUUAGAAGAAAAAUGAGCAGGGAUUAUGAAAGGCCAAAAGAAGAACGCUCAGAGCGUGAUCGAGGUGAGAACUAUAGAGAGCAUCAAAGUACGUCACAGAGGGAUUAUCAGCACCGAAGCUACCAUCAUCGAGACAACCAGAGUUCAAGAGACAGCCAUCGUGACUAUAACCGAGAUUAUUCUCAACAAAGUAAACACCAGCCUGCAAAUCAGAGUUCAGGAACAGAAGACAGAGAUCCCAGUGGCCGCAUAGGAAGAAUACGCUUAGUUGAUUAUUGAUAGACAGAAGAUUUAUCUCAAUUCAUUAAGGUCGGAAUGUGAAAACUUAUUUUUUUAAUGAGAAAGAAAGUUUGAUAAUGUAAAAAAGCACUAAGCUUGAUACAUGAUGAAAAGCCUCUCCUUUGUGAAGCUUGACUGUUUACAAUGCCAUUGUGGACAGAGCACUGCCAAUGAUGAUCCUAUGCAUGGGUAGAAGGAAUAUUGCUUUAAUAUAACGUGUAUAUUUAUCUUGAAAAUAUAGAGCAACUGAUAUUAUCUGGAUUUAGUUUUGGGAAUUGCCCUUAGCAGAGGGCUAUUAAGUUCACUGGUAGACAGUUUGUUGUAAUUACAUUUCCUAGGAUAUAUAAUGUAAUGUGUCAUUUAAUCGAAUUUGAUAUGGUAAUCUGUAAUUAUCUACCUUACAUAGGUGCUUUCGAAAUCAGUACUUUUGAUAUACAGUAACAGUGAAUAUAUAAUAAAUAUAUAAGAAAAUGCCAGUGGGACUGACAUUUUUGUCAAUUUACUUAAGGACUAUAUUCUCCAUCUAAAAACUAAUAUUGGUAGCAUCUUUCAUUCUGGCAGGUAUUCUGAACAUUUUACAUGACUUGAUUUUAUAUAGUAAAGUGUCACUCUGCUAACAAUAUAUUUUCUGAUGUGGUAAUAUUAUGACCUCAAAUUAUUUCGUAGAUACAAGAAACUGAACAAAAUGUGGUAUGAGUAGCUCAGUUUCAUAACUUAGUAAGCUACAUAGUCAUAAGUCAAGGUUUGCACAGCUAUUUUGCCUCGCACAUUUACAUUUUCCAGUAUAACAGUCAGUUAAGUUUACUACUUUUACCCUAGUAUUGCAAAGAUUAAGUGUGGAAGAUGAAACAAUAAUGGUUGGUCUUAAUAGUCAAAAGAAAAUAACACAUUAAAUGUUUCCGUGAUAUUAUUGGUGAUGAUCCCAUAAUGCCAUAGUUAAUUUUGGGUCUAGAAGAUAUGGGGAAAAAAUAUAACCAAUUGCUAUAUUGGUUGUAGCUUAAGUUGUUUUAUCAUUCAUUAAAAGUAGUAAAAGAAAAAUAUAUUGCCAAAUUAUGAGUAAAGAGAAAAUUGCCAGUAAACUCCGAUUACUUCUUUUGGGCAAAACAUUUCAGUGUGUUUGUGAUAUUUCAAAAAGAAAUUGAAAAAGGGGAAGUAAGAUUAAAGUUGUAAUUUCUUUGUUCAGUUAUUGAAGGUACAGCAUUUGAAUUUGUGAUUGGGAAGCAUAAUAAGUGUAUGAAGAUGAAAUAAUAUAGGAAUUGAAAUUAAGGGAUGUGGGUAAAAAUGUUAAAUAUUAAUUGACUGCAUUGGAUUUGGAUAAGUAUACCUGUCAAAUACACUUGUUUUAAAGAUAGUUUUCCCACUUACAGCAUGUAAAGGAAAUGUUAUUUAUUAGGAGAUAAUAUUGUUUACAGUUAUGAUAUUCUUAACAACUUAACAGCAUUAUUUUUGACUUCAACUUUGUAUCAUAUUAUGACCAGAUCAGGAGUAUCUGUUUUGGUUGGAUUAUGACUUUCUUUGAGAUUAUUUGCUUUGAUUAUGAUGGGCUAUAAUUUUCACAGGUUACAAAUUUUCAGUUUGAGCUUUUUCCAAGAAUGAUUGAGUUGAAUGUGCCAUAUUGGAUUACUCAAGUGAGAGUCAAUUCCUUUACUAGUGUACCUGUGAUAUAGCAUGAAUGUUGUAUUUUAUUGGUUAUUCUUUGCCAGAGGUUGUUGAUGAGCAAUAUUGGAAAAAGUAGGAUCAAGUUCCCCUAUCGAAAGCUGUAUGCAGUCAUUCAUUCUAGAGGGUUUGUGCACAUGAAAGAAUAUAUGUAUACAGUAUAUGUAAAUACUGUACAUAGUGUGUAUAUAUAUAUAUAUAUAUAUAUAUAUAUAUAUAU